GUGAGGAUUCGCAUCUAGAUACCGAUCAAGGCUAGGCAUGGACAUCUUCAAGUCCCUCACAACGGGCCUUGGGUCCGGCUUCGACCGGAAGCGGUUUGGUGCGGACAUGGAUCUCUUUUCACCGAGAGGCAAAGAUCGACCAGGGAGCUCAAGUGCAUCGGCCAUGUCGGACGGGAAGAAACGAAAGAGGGGCGUUGGAGGGAGCACCGAGGAGCGCUUGCCGGAGGAGCUUGACUUCUUUGGAGACCAGAAAGGGAAGGCAGGGGCAGUCGUGGAACAGGAUGAGGAUGAGGGAGGGACGGGUGAUGAAGGAGUAGAGGAGAGCGGAGAUGGGGAGGGCGAGGUAAUCAUCACAAAGGCCAAUGUGGCUUCGUACCUCCGCCACCACAAAAUCAAGCAGACUGGCACCGACGUGCCGAUGCCCCUCGUGGGCAGCGCUUGGCAGAAUCUCAAGGAGCGGUGGCGCGUGGAGGACUAUCUGAUCGACAACCUCGUCCGCUUCGGGUGGAGGCACCCGACAGCGGUCCAGCGCGGCGCGAUGCCCGUCAUGCUCGAUAAUCGCGAUGCGCUGGUUGGCGCUCCCACGGGCUCGGGCAAGACGCUCACCUAUCUGCUCCCGCUCCUACAUCACCUCGGCGCUCCUGCAAAGAAGGAAGGGUACCGUGCCGUUGUUGUGUGCCCAACCAAUGAGCUGGCCACACAGAUCCACGAGCAGCUGAGGAGGCUGGGAGAUGGACGCAAAUGGAAAAUCAACGUCCUGACCAAGCCGACGCAGGCGGAAAAGAACCAGAAGCAAGAGGCCAGCAAGAAAAAGUACGACGUGCUCAUCACAACUCCCCUGCGGCUCGUUCAUGCCAUCGAAGAGGAAGAGGUGGACCUUUCGGCGGUGCGCUACCUGGUGCUGGACGAGGCGGACCGACUCCUGGACGAGGGUUUCCUCCAACAGACCGACUCCAUCCUGGCGGCCUGCACACAUCCUCAGCUGCGCAAGGCCCUGACGAGUGCGACGCUCCCGUCUGGUAUAGAGGAGCUUGCAAAGACAUUCAUGGUCGACGAAUGCCGGAUUCUGGUAGGGAAAAAGGACGGCGCCGUCGAGACAGUCGACCAAGAGCUCAUGUACGUGGCGUCGGAGGAAGGAAAGCUGCUGGGCCUGCGCUCCCUGGUGCAGAGGGGCGAGCUCAAGCCGCCGGUCCUCAUCUUUGUUCAGUCGAUCCAGCGCGCACAGGAGCUCUUCAAGGAGCUCGUCUAUGAUGGCGUGCACGUCGACGUCAUUCAUGGCGAUCGGCCUCGGUCACAGCGCGAGGCCGUCGUGUCUGCCUUUAAAAAGGGCCAGAUCUGGGUCCUCAUUUGCACAGAGGUUCUGGCACGCGGCAUCGAUUUCAAGGGCGUCAAUCUGGUGAUCAACUACGACUUUCCUCAGAGCGUUCAGAGCUACAUUCACCGGAUCGGACGCACAGGCCGAGCGGGCCGGAAGGGAAAAGCGGUGACAUUCUUUGCGAGAGAAGAUGCAACCCACCUAAAGGCCGUGGUCAAUGUCAUGAGGCAGAGCGGGUGCGAGGUACCUGAGUGGAUGGUGAAGCUGCCAAAUGCGAGCAAGAAGGAGAAGAAGAGGCUCAAGAAGGCUGCGCCAAAGAGAGAAGCCGUCAAGGUGGCGGCCGGGAGCGUACCAAGGAAGAACGACAAGGCCAAACGGAAGGCAAUCGUCGAAGCCAGCAGCAAAAGGCGCAAGACUGAGGACGAGCAAGAAGAUUCAAAGUAGGAAUGUGUGAAUUGCAUGUAAAAGUACAGAAUCAAAUUGCAUCAUCGAGCU